GAUUCAGUCGCCGAACGAUUUUCGCCCCAACAACGAGGAGGCAGCUGCUGAAAAUCGACUCGUCGCGUUAUUUCUGUGAAGUGAAUGGAAAAUCGAGGGAACGAGAGGGAGGACGGAAAAGCAGGAAAAUACGAAUAUACACAGAAUAUACACGAAAUUCUUUUUAUAACGAACCAAAGCGCGCAACGCAACGCACAUAAAGCCACAAAAAGCAGCUUGUGGGAAAGCCAGAAGCAGCGGAAAACGAAGAAAAAUCACCAGCAGCAGCAUCAGCAGCAGGAGCAGGAGCAGAUAUGACGGCGGCCACGGGUGGUGGGAGUAGUGGGGCGGGGGGUGGUAAGACUGGAAAGCACAGGUCGAGGUCAUCUGCCCGCUACGACGAUGUGGAAAAGCAGCAGAGGAAAAGCCGAGCCAUCGUCUCCAUACCGAACACCAUCAAACUGAGUAUGCUCAAUAGCGGACUACUGUCGUUCGAAAGGAUAAAGCUCGAGGCCCGCGAUGAGAACAACUCUCUGUCGAAGACGAUACCCAACGGACCCAUCGAUAUCAGGCAUUUUCUCAAGCUCUGCGAUCUGCGCAGGAAGUUCCCGGUCCUCUACAAACUAGAGUUCCAAACUGCGGCAAAGGUGGAGAGUAACACCUGUCGGCAUGCCUUGAAGAAGAACAACCUGGAGAAGAACCAGAAUCCCAAGUGCAUUCCCUACGAUUACAAUCGGGUGGUGCUGGAGAAGGUGGGUGGCCUGCAGGACUCGGAUUAUGUCAACGCCUCCUAUGUGGACAGCCUGCUCAAGCCGAACGCGUACAUAGUGACCCAGGGUCCUGUCGAGGAGACGGUCCAGGCCUACUGGCGAAUGGUUUGGCAGGAGAACAUCAGUGCCAUAGUCAUGCUGACGAAGACCUUCGACUUCGCCAAGGUAAUGUGCCACCAGUACUGGCCACCCAACAUGGAGGUUCACGAGCAGUACGGCGAUAUCUUCAUCAAUAUCGUCAGGGAGGAGCAACUGGCCAAUUUCCAUAUACGAACCUUCAGGCUCUACAAGAUGAACGAAAAACAGGAGGUGACCGACGAGAGGUUGAUCCUGCAGUUCCACUACACCGAAUGGUAUUCCCACUCGUGUCCCUUUUCCAAUGCCCUGUUGGAGUUCCGGAGGAGAGUCCGCCUGGUCGUGGGCAACAUCAUCAAGGACGAGGACGACAUGAGGGGUCCCAUUCUGGUGCACUGCAGCGAUGGCGGCGGCAGAUCGGGAGUCUAUAUGUCCAUCGAUGCCAACCUGGAGCUGGCGGAGGAGGAGGAGUGCUUCAAUGUCUUCGGCUACCUCAAGAAGUUAAGGCAAUCGCGGAAGGGUCUGGUGGAGAAUGUGGAGCAAUAUAAGUUCAUAUACGACACCCUGGAGGAGCACAUAAUUUGCGGCAAAACCUGGUUUCCGGUCUCAGAACUUUCCGAUCGCUUGAAGGCCAAGGCCAGGAGGAAUUCGGGCACGAAAAUGAACGAAUAUCAGGCGGAGUACGAUCAGAUCUGCAAGCAAACACCACGAUUCACCAUAGGCGAUUGCGCUGGCGGUCACCGAGCGGAUAAUCGCGAGAAGAACAGGGAUGUCCUGUGCGUACCGCCUGAUAACUUCCGGCCCUACCUGACCUCCUUCCAGGGCAAUGCCUUUACGGACUACAUUAACUCAGUGUUCGUGGACGGGUAUACCAAGCCCAGGGAGUACAUAGUCACGGAAUGGCCCAUGAAGCAUACGCUGGGUGAGUUCUGGUCCCUGGUCUACGACCAGGAGUGCUCGGCCGUUGUGGUCCUGUGCCAGCCGCCCUCGCAAUCGCAGCAGUAUCCCUCGUUCUGGCCCAACAAAUCGAAGAUGGAGAAGUACGGACCGGUGUUCUCCGUGCACUACGUGAUGUCCAAGAGCUAUACGAACAUCAAGCAGUGGGAGUUCAAGAUCAACAAGAAGAUCGUCUCGCUGACCGAAAUGAUGGCCGGGGUGAAGGCCCCGACACGAACCGUCCAACUGUUCCAGCUGACCUGCUGGCCCAUGGGUCACAAGGUGCCCAGCUCGACGAACUCGCUGGUGUACCUGAUGAACAUGGUCGAGAUCUGGCGGAACAAGGUCGACUACGGGCCUGUGUGCGUUGUCUCGCCCGAUGGUCGCAGUCGUGCCGGUGUUUACUGUGCCGCGAAUGCGUGCAUCGAGCAGGUCAUCCAGCACGGCGAGGUCGAUGUCUUCCAGGCGGUGAAGACUGUGCGCCGGCAUCGUCCUCAGCUAGUCGAGAAUAUGACCGAGUACAAGUACUGCUACGAUCUGGUGCUCCACUACGUCCUCCACUUCCUCAACAAGAAGGAGUGAAGUGGGACGGACGAGGCCAUGGAGCGUACUAUUUGCAAACUGGUUUGUUGCUACUUUUUUUCUGGAGCUGGUGCUUCAACAAUGGUUAACAAUGAUCCGAAAUACUUGUGGUCCACAUUUGAUGAUGCCUGGAUUUCUUUUUUAUAAUUCCGGGCACCGCCUUAAAGCAAUAAUACUGAGUAUUUUUGUUGUCCACAAAAGCCAGAGAAGGAAUGAAUUUUGUUGUUACGAGCGUCGAAAUGUAAUUUCACGCCACUGAAGAGAUACUUUUUACUUGUUUUUCGAGCAUAAAACAAUGAUACUACUACAUAAUGUAUAAGCUUUUUGAUCUGAAAUGUAUGUGCCAUUUGUAACCCUAGUUGUUGUUGUUAUAAACAGGACGAUACGAUAUGUGUGAUGGGGAUUAUGAGUAUAGAUUGAAGUAAUGAAAUGAAAUGAUAGGAACAGAGAACUAUUACCAUUAAAAUUUAUAUUUAUAUCUGUAGUUAUUAUUACGUUUACUCUUAAACCUUGCUACCUGGGCAAUUGUUGAUAUAUAUCUAACUACAUAUACCUAUUAUGAAUCUAUUUAUACAUAAAAACAUAUACAUAUAUAUAUGAAUGUUAUAUACUGUUGUAAAUGGGAACUCGCUACGUUUUCCACCACUGUUGACAGAACUUUAUUUUUUAUUCAUGUUAAAGAACAAAUAUUUAUUGAGCCACAUAAAGGGGAAACUUCAACGUGAAGUGAACAAACUUUAUACACAUAGCUUAUUUAUAAAACACUCAAACAGAAAUACAUACCCAUGUAUGUUAAUGAUUUCGCAUCAUGAUUUUCCUCUAUUUUCGCAUUUAUGCAUUCGAAACACAAACCUACCUACAUAUAUUGUUGUAACUCUAAUUAACUUAUUUUUUACAUUGUGUAUAAAUGUGCGUAUGUCCAUUUUAUUCUUUGUAUAAACCAAUCUACAUGUGUAGACAUUAAGCUGACAAAUUGUAUUGGAUUAGGCUAAUGAAACGAAACUGAAGCCGAGAAAAAUGAAACGAAUCGAAAUUCAAA